UCAACAGAUAAAUACGUGAGCAUCUCCGAGUCGAGCAUCAGUUCUCCGCCUCCGCAGAGAGACUCUUCACUCUUGCAGCCUUCAUCCACUCGAUUCUUUGGUAAAUUGUCUCCAACGACUGCACAAGAGCAACAAGAUGCAGAAGCUACUUCUCCUCGUAGGUCUGUGCGUGCUCGUGGCGCACUUGGAGGCCACAUGCUCCCGAAAUCUGGUGUGCACCUUCCAGAACAAUUCCAACUUUAACAUGGCAGACGACAUGGAGCCGCUACUGUGCACCCACAUCAUCUUCAAAUCUUUCCAGCCAAAUGCAAUGGUGAUUCCCCAAACCGGGGGGCCAAUUCAGGAUCAUCACGACUUCAAUUUGGCAUUUCCGAGCGCAACCGCGAAAACCCUUUUGGAAGUCGAUCUGACCGGGAUUACUAUAUUCACAGCUUCAAACAGGGACACUUUUAUCACAUCCGUAAUCGACGUCGUGGAUGCUGCUGGCUUCGAUGGCGUCAACAUUUUGUGGUCGCAAAGCGAAGACACGAACCAAAACAAGAUAAGAUUCACAGCUCUCAUGCAGGAGCUGAAAGACGAGCUGGGCGGGCGACUGCUCACCGCGAGCGUAUCCGGUGUGCCUUCUGAGAUCACUGCCAGUUACCAGGUCUCACAGCUUCUCGGGGUCGUCAACUUCUUCAACGUGAUGACCGGUGAUCUUGACCGAACUUCUACUUCCGGCCAAUUCCCCUUAGCGAUGACAGGAAUGCAGAAGUGGGUAACAGAGGGAGCGCAAAAAGCAAAGCUGAACAUGGGAAUUGCCACGUACGGUUAUGACACCAACAACGCCAAUACAAGGAUCUGGGCCAAAUACCAGGUCUGCGAUGACAAUUUGUUGCCUCCCACCACGGUUGAAAUUGACAACAAUCCGACCAUCGGCGCCAAGGCCCAUCACAUCGUGGAUCGGAACUUUGGAGGAGCCUACGUGACUUCUCUGGAACUGGACGACUUCGAUGGAGUCUGCAAUGCGGGGAACUAUCCUGUCUUCCGGCGUAUCAAGGCCAUAAUCUCGAAUUAGAAAGCGACGAUCGCGCGCACGAGGGUGAAGGCGACUCUCCUGCCCUCUCGCAAAUCCCCCUUCGCUUACUUGGGACGCGGGCCCCCGCUUGAGACUUGGCCGGUCUCAGCCCCCACGCUCGUCAUCGCAAUUCGACAAAAUGUACAAAAACGCCAAAGAGCAACGCGCAGCGUUACAAAGAGACACACUGACCAAAUUUGGGAUGGACAGCAGACAAACACAUGAAGAUUGAUUAAAUAAAAAAGUCACCGAAACAAAAGGACCACUCGCAAAGAUUCAGUUGCAGCAAUGAGGACAAAAUAAAUGUUGUAUGAUCGGAUAAACAAUCUCUCAAAUGUGAAGAACCGAAGAAACUCUCGGCAGCUUUAGCCGAGUCUUUCCAAAAAGUCUCGAAAAAAUGGCAACGUUGUCCCAAAAGCAGGAAAAAAAUGAAUCAUUCCAAUUUGUACAAAUCUGAUUUUGCCCAGCACAGAAUUGUUUGCUCUUUGACAUUUUGCGAUCAAUCGAGGCUUUGUCAGCAGCCAGCGAUGACACAAGACGUAUCUGGUGUGCCUCUCUCUUUUCCUUGCUCAACCAAAAGCAAUAAAAUGUGUCAAGACACAA